AUGGCUCAACUGGAUUCAUUGCUAGCGCAGGGGAUUCGAGCUAUUGGUCCGGACGCUGAGGACGCGCACGUGAUCAAAUUCCAGAACCCGCUCACGAUCAUCGCCGGGCCGAAUGGAUCCGGGAAAACGACCCUCAUCGAGGCGCUGAACUUUAUCACCACCGACACGAAGCCGUCCGGCCAGUAUCCGGCGUUUAUUCACAAUUUGGAGAUUUGCGGCCGACCACGCGUCGACGGGCUGGUGAAGCUCAAGUUCCAAUCGGCCAACGGCAAGCAGGUCACCGCCACGAAGCGCCUGUGUCUUUCCAGGGCCCCGAGGACCAAUAAAUUGACGGGCAAGCAAGAGGAGAGCACAAUUGUCACCGAAGAUGUGCACGGCAACAAGGUGUCGCUGUCGUCGAAGGUGGCCGAUACGAAAACCGAGAUUUUGAACCUCUUCGACGUGCCGUCAGCCAUCCUCACCAACGUCAUCUUCUGCCACCAGGAGAAUUCCACGUGGCCCCUCGCCGAGCCCAAACAGGUCAAGGAAAAGUUUGACGCCAUCUUCGAACUGUCCAAGUACGUCAAAGCCGUCGACAAGCUCAGGAAGCUGGCCAAGGAUGAGAACAACGAGCUGCAAGUCAUCUACUCGGACUUGAAGCUGCUGCAGAGCCACUUCUUCGACAAGAAAACGAAAGAGCGCGAAAUUGCUGAGCUGAAGCUACGCCUGCAAGAGUACAGCAACGUCCUGGAGAUGUACAACACGAAGAAGACGAACGCCCAGGAGAUGUUGGUGCAAAUCAGGGAGGAGAAGCGCCUCUACCAAGUCAUGUCCGUGGAUAUUAUGCGCAACGAGGCGACGCUGACCUCGAUGCGGGACAAGCUGACGAUGUUCAACGUGCCCGACUACCCGGGCAGUCAGCUGGAGCUGCAGGCGGAGAUUGAGAGGCUCGAACGCUCGCCCGACUUUCAAAAUAUCGCCCAACGCCGCGCCGAAAUCGAGGUGCAAAUGAAAAAGGCAGCGGCGGAGCGCCAAAAAGCGCUACAGGAACGCGAGGCGCUGGACGGCCGCAAAAUCGAGAUGACCGCCCUGAUCAAGCAAAGCGAGCAGUGCACCGAGGAGAUCCGGCGGAAAGUCCAGGAAGUGUGCGAGCGAUUUGACUUCCAAAUCGACGGCCCCUUCGUGCAGCAGAUCCAGGCGUUUUUGCAGACGCAGAACAACGAGUUGGACAAGUUGAAGAAGUCGCUUUGCGAUCAAAAGGGCCUCCUGGAGACGACCAAGGACCAGGCGGUCUCUAAGGCACAACAGGCCAAAUUCGAGUUAAAGGUA